AUGGCUGCUGCUGCCGCCGCCGCUGCCUUCUUCCCAACCCCUUCUUCCUCUUCUUCUGCUUCAGCCAAAGGUUCGACGCCCCUUGGUGGCGGAGGGCCUGAUAAGUUGGAUACCCGGGGUAUCAAGUCCAAGUCCAUGUCUUCCUCUGGUGCCAUGCAAGUCAAGGCAAACGCUCAAGCUGCUCCCAAGAUAAAUGGAACCCGAGCUGGCCUGAAGACCGAUGUCUCGAAGACAGAGGAUGAUGUGCUAUCAUCUACCCCUCGGACAUUCUACAACCAGUUGCCAGAUUGGAGUGUGCUCCUUGCUGCCAUCACAACCAUAUUUCUGGCUGCAGAGAAACAAUGGACGCUCCUAGAUUGGAAGCCUAAGCGGCCUGACAUGCUUGUGGAUGCAUUUGAUUUUGGGAGGAUUGUUCAGGACAGCUUGGUUUUCAGGCAGAACUUCUCUAUAAGGUCUUAUGAAAUUGGGGCUGAUCGAACAGCUUCUAUUGAAACAUUGAUGAAUCACCUACAGGUUCGUGAUGUUGUGUGUUACUUAUUGCUAAUAACUUGAUGUGUUAUGUCUAUCAUCUUACGGGUUCUUGAAUUUUCAGGAGACAGCGUUAAACCAUGUCAAGACUGCAGGUCUCCUGGGUGACGGUUUUGGCUCUACACCAGAAAUGAGUAGAAGGAAUCUCAUAUGGGUUGUAACAAAGAUGCAGGUUCUUGUGGAACGCUACCCUUCCUGGUUAGUUGCUUGUAUCCAGACGGAUAUGGUCAAAAUAUGCAAUCUAUCCCUGAUUUUCCUUUUUCUAUGGAGAAUAUGUGCAUAGAGCGAUAGAAUAUAUGUUUCUGGGAAGAAUUAGUUUCAGAAUUCAUGCAAGGUGAAAUGGUUGACGGUUUAUAUUUAGCUGGAUUUCUAAACAUAUUAUCUUGGCUUACUUUCAUCUGCGUAAAAAACACUCUUCUUUUAUAGAUGUUUCCGUUAUGCAUGUUUUCAAGAGAAAUGAUGAGUUGUGAUGCAGUAUGCGGACCAUGUCCAACGCGUUGAUUUUUGUAAUUGCUACGAGCUUUGGUUUCGUCCUGUCUAAACCUUCUCAUUUGUUUGCAUGUUCUGCUUUGAGGAAGAAGAGAUGUGAUUCUUUUGCCUGAACUUUAUGGGCUCUUAUUUUAUUCAUUAUUAGGUUUUUACAGGAUUAAAUCAAUUUAAUGAAUUGUAUGUACGUAUGUUGUCUUCAUUUGCUUUUUUUCGAAAAGUUAGCUUGAAUUAAACAAACCACCUUCGUUUCUCGUGUCAAUUUGUGGCAUUGGAGAUGAUUCAUCUAGCUCAUUGGUUCUAAUUUUCCAGGGGGGAUGUCGUUGAGGUAGAUACGUGGGUCAGUGCGUCUGGAAAGAAUGGCAUGCGUCGUGAUUGGCAUGUGCAUGACAGUCAGACAGGACAAACCAUUACUAGAGCAACCAGGUCAGAACUUUUUUGAUGGCACGGAUUCCACCUAGUGUUGGAACGCUGCAAUUUAUAUCAGACUUUUUUGCAUUUAUCAUAAAAAAAAAUCUCUCGGUGAUGUUUAUAUAUUGUGAUUUGGAAGGAUUGAUUUAUAUUCUAAUCGUUAUGCAGUGUGUGGGUGAUGAUGAAUAAACACACAAGAAGAUUAUCUAAAAUCCCAGAGGAAGCAAGGGCAGAAAUAGAGCCUCAUUUCAUUGAGCGUAGUGCUAUUCUGGAUGAAGACAGUAGAAAGCUCCCAAAGCUUGAAGACGAAACAGCAGAUUUUGUUCGUGAGGGUUUAAAGGUAUGUCUCAGGCAGGCUGGCGCCGGCUUUACUGAGUUUGCUCCCAUUUAAUCUGUGGUUAUCUUUUGAAUGAACACACCUGUUUUUCUGUCAGAAAAUAAUAUCAUCUCCUUGUUUACCGAAUAUACAGCCUCGCUGGGGCGAUUUGGAUGUCAACCAGCAUGUGAAUAACGUGAAAUAUAUCGGUUGGGUUCUUGAGGUACCCCCCCUCUAACUUAUAAAUUUACCUCCAUUUUUUCGAUAGUAUCUUCCAUAAUGCAGACAUAUUUCUAAGUUUAUAUCACAAUUACUGACUGCCAUUUAACUUGUCUGCGCACGAAUCAGACAACUACUGACUUUUUUGCGUUGGGUUUUCCAAUUUACUCUUCAGAACCCAAACCCGUUGACCCAAAAAUUAACCCAUCCAUGAUGCAUUGAAAGUUCGAAAAGGUAAAAACCCACAUCAAAAUUCAGAGCAGGUCCCAAAACUCUGAACCUGCCUCGGUGCUGGAAACCCUCUACUCGAAGGGUGGUCAGCGUUCUAAUCUAUGGUUUUUGCAGUGCCCAGCUCACGAUUUUUAGCCUUCCAAAUUACUGAGGCUUCGACGUGGUGAUUUUUUUGGUGUGUCUAUCCUCUGCACCCUGGUAGGUGGUCAUCUAUGACCAUGCACCAGCUUCAUCCAGUUCAUCAUUCUCUUUGGCUGCUGCGGUGAUUUAGCUUUGGUCAACCAUCGAUUCCUGCAGCAAGAAAGAAUGUGUUUCUCAUUACGACAACCUUGUGUCUUCAAUCUCCAUUUGCAUGUUAUCACGAAAUCAACCAGACCUGUGUUCAGGGUAGCCGGAAAUCCUGGCUGGCACAUGAGAAAGUCUUAGGAAAGAUAAACCUGUCGACUCAGGCAAAUGUCAACGCUGCUGAUUCCGAAAAGCUGACAGAGAAGCGGCCACCACCCCCACCUAAUCUCAGUGCCUCGUUAUAUUAAAAUUUUCCUUGAAUAGUAGUAGAUGAAUGCAUCAAAGAAGCAAGCAAAUGCCUUGUUGGCCCCAAUUUCUGCGGCUUUCCGGCGUUCUUAUCCACGCCUUCGCCAUAUCCACACGAUCGGGCGAAGUGCUGUCCAACUGUCUGAGUCUGUGACAAUUGCCUCGAUUGAUGGGGGACGCGGGUUGCUUAGUUGUCUGCCAGAUAACAAUGUUUCGUCGUCAUUCUCCAUUUUCUUCAUCUCUGCGAGGUGUCUCCAUUUGCAGAGCGUCCCGAUGCCGAUCCUGGAGGACCACGAGCUCUGCGAAUUGACUCUGGAGUACCGGCGCGAGUGCGGGAGGGACAGCGUGCUUCAGUCCCUCACUGGCGUCAACGCCCGCUGCGCCGCGGCGGCGCCGCCGGAGACCGGCGUCGAGUGCCACCACCUCCUCCGCCUCGCCGACGGCGCGGAGAUCGUGCGCGGCAGAACCGCGUGGAGGCCCAAACCUCCCCGCUCCCCCGGCGAGAUCGCCGCCUGA